AUGGCACACGGAGGAGGAGAACCAGCCGGAGAAGCGAUCCAGGACAUGCAAACGGCGAUUUUGAAAAUCACCCAACUCUUGCAGCGAUUUGCAGUUCCCAGGCAGCCAAAUCCGGAACACACGUUGGAAGCCCUUUCUUCCAACAUCAGCGAGUUUUCUUUCAACCCAGAAAAUGGCGUCACAAAUGGCGUUCGGCUGUUGCUGCGAAAAUUGGACACCACUUCCCACAGUCGGUAUUUGAAUUACAUCCUUCCAAGGCUCCCUAAGGAUGUUACGUUCAAGGACACCUGUCUCCAACUGGCGAAAAGCGAAGGAGACGACAUCAUAACCUACGGCGGAAAGGUAAACCGAGUGUGUGAAGAUUUCGAUUUUGCGAACCUAACAAUCGACCAGUUCAAAUGUCUGGUUUUCGUGACCGGACUGAAGGCAUCCAAGCACGCUGAUAUUCGGACGAGAUUGCUCACCCGGAUGGAAAACGAGAGACCGGACGCACCAGUGACUCUUCAAACUCUCAUCGACGAGUUCCAGCAGCUCGUUAAUCUGAAAGCAGACACCAACUUGAUUGAGCAUCCAGCCAGCUCGAAAGCAGCAGUACACGCCAUCAACGCCGUGCUGGCAAUGCGGCCAGAUGCACUUCGUGAAGGAUUGCACAUACAGCAGCCAUCUGUGCCAAUCUUGCAACCGUGUGGACACAAGGAAGGGUACUGCGGAUGCUUCACCAAGACUUCAAACGCGCCUGCUGGGGAUAAUUCCAACCAAAAGGGUAAGAAGAACCAGAAGAAGAAGACCAAGUACCAAGCCAACAUAGUUCACACUGUAAACCACACCGGUAAUCUCACCGGUUUCGUCACGACAAUGAUGAACGGACGUCAAGCCACACUGCAACUCGACAGUGGAUCACCAAUCACCAUCAUCAGUGAAGAGACCUGGAGGAAGGUUGGAUCACCUGCACUCAAACCAUCGUCCUGUGAAGCACUUUCUGCAACCAAAGAUCCUCUGCCGCUGCUGGGGGAAUUCACCUGUCUCGUAGGAGUCAACGACGUCAUCAAGCCUGGACUAUGCCGAGUAACGUCAGUCAAGGGACUCAACCUGUUCGGCUCAGAAUGGAUGGACCUCUUCGAGAUGUGGACAAAACCAUUGUCAUCGUUCAUUAAUCAAGUGAAUCAAUCCAAUUCAAAUUCCUUUUCUGGAAAGCAUUUCCUCAUGCGGUUUCCCGAAGUUUUUCAGGACACUCUUGGGCAUUGCCAGAAAGCUCAAAUCAGUCUUCACCUGAAGCCAGAUGCCAGACCGAUUUUUCGACCCAAACGCCCGGUUCCAUACAACGCCAUUCCCUUGGUCGAAACCGAGCUCAAUCGUCUGCAGCAGUUGGGCAUUAUCUCACCAGUAGAUUACUCCGACCGAUCGUGGCAGUUCGGAAGCCGGGUGGCAAGGUUCGAAUUUGUGCCGACUACUCAACUGGGCUGA